GCAGGUCUGAUAAAUAAAGCAGUUACGUUAGUUACAAGUACUGGCAGCGAGAUAAAUAUAUAUGUAUAUAUGCACUACUAAACAUCAGGUGGCGCCAUCAUCAAUUAUCGCCAUCAUCAUCUGUUCUCCAUUCUGCGGCUCCCAACACUGCGCUUGUUUAAUGGGCGUAUAGUUCAUAAGCGCACACACUUGAACGCAACAGACAGACGGACAGACAGACCUCUGAUACUGCCGGGGAACAAAAUGUGGUUUCGAGAGGAGCUUUUGAAAUCCAUAUGGCACGCAUUCACAGCCCUGGACGUGGAUCAUCGUGGAAAAGUUUCCAAAUCUCAGUUAAAGGUGCUGUCUCACAACUUGUGCACAAUGAUGAAGGUCCCUCAUGACCCUGUGGCCCUUGAAGAGCAUUUCAAAGAUGACGAUAAAGGGCCUCUGUCCAACCAGGGCUACAUGCCUUACCUCAACAGGUUCAUUCUUGACAAGGUACAGGAGGAUUUCGAUCUUCAGGAGUUCUACAGGAUGUGUUGGACGCUGUGUUGCAAGAAAAAUAUGCACAUUCAAAAUCUACUCAUCUCAGAGAGAGACGCUUUCAAAGUCUGGUGCAUAUUCAACUUUCUGUCUGAAGAGAAAUACCCACUGGUCAUCGUCAUUGAAGAGAUUGAAUACUUCCUGCGAAAGCUGACAGAGGCCAUGGGGCUUGAGUGGAACGAGGAGAUGUUUGCAGAUUACAAGCUGCAGCUGAACAAGGGCUACCUGACUGUCUGGGAGCUGAUUGAGCUGGUGGGGAUGGGUUACUUCAGCAAGGGCAUGAACCGUCCGACCCUGUCGAUGGGCAUCAGUGAGGUCUACUCUGAGCUCAUACUGGAUGUGCUCAAGGAGGAAUACAUGAUGAAAAAGGGCCACAGGAGGAAGAACUGGACCGAGCGCUGGUUUGUCCUUCGACCCACCUCGCUGUCAUACUAUGUCAGCGAAGACCUUGAGGAGAAGAAGGGAGAUAUAAUUCUUGACCAGAGCUGCUGCGUGGAGUCUCUACCCGACAAAGAAGGGAAAAAAUGCCUGUUCAUUAUCAAGUGUCUUGAUAAGAGUUUUGAGAUCAGUGCGUCAGACAAAAAGAAGAAGCAGGAGUGGAUUCAAGCUAUUCAAACAUGCAUCCAGCACCUCCGGCUGGGGAUGCUGUCUCCCCAUCGGGAGGCCCGGCUGAGACGCAGGGAGCUCAGGCAGAAGCAGCAGGUGGAGGAGGAGGACCUGGCGGAGAGGAUGAAGCAGCUCCAGGCAGCCAAUGAGAGCAAACAGAGGGAGCUGGAGGCCAUGAGGAGGAAAAUGGAAGAGGCCGCGGCUAAAGCCUCGCUAGAGGAGCUCAGGAGGAUGAAGACUCAGACAGACCUGCAGGAUCGCUACAGGCUGGACUUGGAGAGAGAGAAAAUGGUGCGCCAGCAGAUGGAGGAGCAGGUGGCUCAGAAGUCCAGUGAGCUGGAGCAGUACCUGCAGCGCGUCCGCGAGCUGGAGGACAUGUACCACCGGCUACAGGAGGCCUUAGAGGAUGAGAGGCAGGCCAAGCAGGAUGAGGAGGCCAUGAGGAAGCUGCAGGCCAGGCUGCUGGAGGAAGAGGCAGAAAAGAGGGCAGAGCUAGAGCAGAUCCACCUGCAGCAGCAGAGGGCGCUGUCUCAGACGGAGGCUGAGAAGCAAGAGCUGAAGGCGGAGCAGCUGGCCAAGGAGAGAGACCUGCAAGCAGCCAUGCAGCAGCUGGAGAGACUGGAGCGGGAGCGGCACGGAGCUCUGCAGCAGUAUAACGAGGUGUCGAGGAAGCUUGAGCGAGCAUCUAACAAGACGAAGACUUGGAAAGACAAGGUGGCCAAACAUGAGGGGCUGGUGCGUCUCAUUCAGCCAGGUCAUAAAGGACCUCAGCGGAUAACCAACUGGGGUCCAGCAUCGUUCACUGAUGCCGAGCUCGAGCUGAGGAAGAAAACAUGGCAGGAGAGCAAGAACCAGGGAGCUCAGGCUCAGUCGUCGUCAUAGAUAAAGCGCUGUUUGUGAAAACUCUGCCUGUAUCCAAAAUCACCUCCUUGUUCACUCAGACAUCAGACAGAUUGUUCUCUCAAUAGUGUAUUGAGACGUUAACUGUAAACUGUAAAAUUUGCAUCUAUAGAGGAUCCAUUUUCACGCUCUGGUUUAAGAUAAAGUGCUGGGCAGUACAGGUGGUGUAGUGUGUAGCGACUAGGCUGUGAGUUUGAACACAGCAUCUAUAGUGAAGCGCAUUAUAGUUGUAGCACUGACCGAGCCACAUAAUAGUUACUAAACUAAUCCUAUUUGGUUACUUAAAAAUGUGCAUCAGUUUCUUCAGUAACAAACAAAGCACUAGAAGUGAUUUCUUGACCCUGGAGAGUCUGACAAAAUAAUCUUGAAAUAUGAAAAGACAUAACAAGAAACCCCUGAAUAAAAGCUAGUAAGAGAGUCUUUUAAAUUAUCACUCAGUUUAGUUCUCUCCAUGAUUUUAGCUCCUCCAUUCCCUGCUACGUUAAUGAAACUACUUGUCCUUUUCGCAUUUUUUGUGUUUUGAAUUCUUAUUUAGCAGGUUGUUGGAGUAAACGCGUUUUCUGUGCCUGUUAUAACAAAAACAUUUUCUACAUGAAAGUGUACGAGCCAUUUUCAUUUCAUAGUUUGACGUGAGCCUUUGUACGAAUAAAAACAUAAAUGCAGCUAAAGAAUCCA